GAAUAUUCCUGAGCAGCAGGACAUUUACAUUUUAGUGUAUUCAAGGUUUAAAAAGGCUUCUAAAGUUUGUAAUUUCCACUUUAAAAUUUCUGACUUGAUUUCUGCAAUCAAAAAAUGGAUCAACCCCUACAAAAAUGUCCAUUCAUUAUAAUCCACAUAAUAAUUCACAUUUCCUGUUGCUGCAGGAUUAUUUUCCUGCUGCGAGAAGCAGUGUCAAAUUUAGUGCAUCUGUACAACUCUUUGUGUUGUUGUACUGUAUGUGCUUGAACCCCAAUUCAUGUCCCCAUGUUCAAUACUAAUUGAAAAUGCAUGCAGCAUGUAAGAUAUUCAGUCAAAGAGUACAUUUUUUGACCAACCCCAAUUCUGAAAAUAUGAUUAUUCUCCAUCCAGGUGGAGAGCCAAGGGGAGAAGAUGAGAUCGUCAUUGGACAUGAAAGAGUCUAUCCACGAGGCUAACUCACAGCUACAGCAGAAAGUGGAUGCCCUUCAAAAGCAGAUGGAAGAGCUGCAAGGGGAGAACCAGGGGCUGGUCCGUAGGCUGGCAGGUCAGGAGGACGCUUUACACUAUAGCAGCAGGCACCUAGAACAGCGCUCAGCAGACUGCCAUGCUCUCAACAGAGAACUGGAGGCCGCUCUGGCCGACGUCAGGCAACAGGUGUCCAAAGUGAAAGACAACGCUGUUUCCAGAGAAAGUUCCUUUCAGACUAAAAUCCUGGAACUGGAGGGUGAGAAGAGCAGGAGAGAGAAUGAGCUGAAACAGAUUAAACAAAGCAAUCAGUUGCCUGAGAAGAAGUUUGAGGUGCGUCUGAAGGACCUGCAGCUCAGCCUGAACCAAUCAGACAGCCACAAGCAGAGCAUUCAGAACUACGUAGACUUCCUCAAGAACUCUUACUCCACCAUGUUUGAUGAAGGACUACCACCGGCAACGUCUAGCUUUGGAUCAUCCUACUUUUUAAAAUGAUAAUUACUCAGAUAUGUGUGUUUGUGGUGUGUUAUGUGUAACUUGUGUUGUUGUGGAAGUCAUAUGAGCCUUACUUACUAUGUAUGAACCUUACUUACUAUGUAUGAACCUUACUAUGUAUGAGCCUUACUUACUAUGUAUGAACCUUACUUACUAUGUAUGAGCCUUACUUACUAUGUAUGAACCUUACUUACUAUGUAUGAACCUUACUUACUAUGUAUGAGCCUUACUUACUAUGUAUGAGCCUUACUUACUAUGUAUGAACCUUACUUACUAUGUAUGAACCUUACUUACUAUGUAUGAACCUUACUUACUAUGUAUGAACCUUACUAUGUAUGAACCUUACUUACUAUGUAUGAGCCUUACUUACUAUGUAUGAACCUUACUUACUAUGUAUGAACCUUACUAUGUAUGAACCUUACUAUGUAUGAACCUUACUUACUAUGUAUGAGCCUUACUUACUAUGUAUGAGCCUUACUUACUAUGUAUGAACCUUACUAUGUAUGAACCUUACUAUGUAUGAGCCUUACUUACUAUGUAUGAACCUUACUUACUAUGUAUGAGCCUUACUAUGUAUGAACCUUACUUACUAUGUAUGAGCCUUACUUACUAUGUAUGAACCUUACUUACUAUGUAUGAGCCUUACUAUGUAUGAACCUUACUUACUAUGUAUGAGCCUUACUUACUAUGUAUGAGCCUUACUUACUAUGUAUGAGCCUUACUUACUAUGUAUGAACCUUACUAUGUAUGAACCUUACUUACUAUGUAUGAGCCUUACUAUGUAUGAACCUUACUUACUAUGUAUGAGCCUUACUUACUAUGUAUGAGCCUUACUUACUAUGUAUGAGCCUUACUUACUAUGUAUGAACCUUACUUACUAUGUAUGAACCUUACUAUGUAUGAGCCUUACUUACUAUGUAUGAACCUUACUUACUAUGUAUGAACCUUACUAUGUAUGAGCCUUACUUACUAUGUAUGAACCUUGCUUACUAUGUAUGAGCCUUACUAUGUAUGAACCUUACUUACUAUGUAUGAGCCUUACUUACUAUGUAUGAGCCUUACUUACUAUGUAUGAGCCUUACUUACUAUGUAUGAACCUUACUUACUAUGUAUGAACCUUACUUACUAUGUAUGAACCUUACUUACUAUGUAUGAACCUUACUUACUAUGUAUGAACCUUACUUACUAUGUAUGAACCUUACUUACCAAUGUUUUUAAUAAUGUACGUGUUUUGGAAAACAAAUGAGUUUGCACGUUGAUUCAUGUUCGAUGAAGAAGUCCAUGUUUGUUUUUAUAU